AGAGUGAGCGGAGCCGGAAGGACAGAGCCUGACAGAAGGACGGAGCCGUGUGGUGUCGGGUCUGUGGUGAGCUAGCUCGGUAAAGAUGCUGACCAAUAUCUCUAACGUGCUGAGGGCUUGCGCUCAGAGAAAUGGAGCUGCAGUGGUCAUGUCAGCACGCACAUACUCUGACUUCACAACCGAGGCUUCUUUUGAAAUAAAGAAAUGUGACGUCCACAAACUGGAUGAGGGCCCCGCCACUCAGGUGGUGAUGACUCGUGAUGAGGGUCUGCAGUACUACCGCGUCAUGCAGACCAUCAGGCGUAUGGAGCUCAAAGCAGAUCAGCUGUACAAGCAGAAGAUCAUCAGAGGAUUUUGCCACUUGUAUGACGGACAGGAGGCCUGUGCGGUUGGUAUUGAAGCAGGAAUUAAUCUGACAGACCACCUGAUCACCGCGUACCGCGCCCACGGCUACACUUACACCAGAGGAGGGACUGUGAAGGAGAUCAUGGCUGAGCUCACCGGCAGAAAAGGAGGUAUUGCAAAGGGCAAAGGAGGCUCUAUGCACAUGUACUGUAAAAACUUCUAUGGAGGAAAUGGGAUUGUCGGAGCUCAGGUUCCCCUAGGUGCGGGUGUGGCUCUGGCCUGCCAGUAUUUGGGCACGGACGAGCUGUGUGUCUGUCUCUAUGGUGAUGGUGCUGCCAAUCAGGGUCAGAUUUUUGAAACCUACAACAUGGCAGCACUUUGGAAGCUGCCCGCCAUCUUCAUCUGUGAGAACAACAGGUAUGGCAUGGGCACAUCAGUGGAGCGAGCUGCUGCCAGCACGGAUUAUUACAAGAGAGGAGACUUCAUUCCUGGUCUGCGGGUGGACGGGAUGGAUGUUCUGUGUGUCAGGGAAGCAACCAAGUUUGCAGCGGAUCACUGCCGAGCUGGCAAGGGUCCCAUUCUCAUGGAGCUUCAGACCUACCGCUAUCAUGGACACAGUAUGAGCGAUCCUGGUGUCAGCUACCGUACACGUGAGGAGAUCCAGGAAGUCCGUGGUAAGAGUGACCCCAUCUCCAUGCUGAAGGACCGUAUGCUCAGCAACAACAUGGCCAGCGUGGAGGAGCUCAAGGAUAUCGAUGUGGCAGUGAGGAAGGAAAUUGAAGAUGCUGCCCAGUUUGCCACCACAGAUCCUGAACCCCCUCUGGAGGAUUUGUGCAACCAUAUAUUUUCCAACGAUUCACCCCUGGAGGUGCGCGGAACAAACCCAUGGUCCAAGCUGAAGUCUGUCAGCUAAAGUUUUUUCAUCCCCUCUUUUCAUCACGUCAUCCACCCAGUAGUAAAUCCCCCCCGUCCCGCCCCGCCCC